GGCAAAACCGGCACCAGGAACGGCGGCAACGGCGAUGGCGGCUUCAUCAGCGGCCGAAUUACCUACAGGUACACCAGUGGCGGCACCUCCAACAUCCAAUCCUGCAUCCGCGAGUGGAGGCGCAGACGCAACCCCGGCACUAGAGCAUGAGAGCUACAAGGAGCUUAUCACGAGG